UUCACCGCAACGCGAAGCCCACACCGUCAUUCUGGUCCGCUCCUCCUCUGGUCUGCCAAGCUUGGCGGUCCCUCCGGGAGGUUCCUUGCUCUCUCCCGCAGCCUCACGCCACGGGCAAGCAGCAGCGGGAGCAGAGGGAGCCGGGAACGCCCCGCAGCCUGGUAGAACGGCGGCUCUCUGCCGCCUGCCCCGCUGGUUGAAUAUUACAGCUUCACAUGUACCUCUACUUUUUAUACUGCUGACCUACAUGCAAUAGGUAUCGUAGAAGGUAUUCCACAGGUCCCUCUGCAGCGUAACAUCAAUCCCUUAACACAAGAUGGAUGAAACAUACAGAGACAGAACUUCGUUAGUGAAAGGGGCAAAAGAUAUUGCAAAAGAGGUGAAGAGGCAAGCAGUGAAAAAAGUGAAUAAAGCUGUUGACAAAGCUCAGGAUGGCUACACACAGAGAUCCUACAGCCGAUUCCAGGAUGAAGAAGACGAUGAUGAUUACUACGUCCAAGGAGGAAAUUAUAGUGUAGAAGCUAAUGAUGAUGAAGGAUCAAGUGAAGCAACUGAAGGGCAUGAUGAAGAUGAUGAAAUUUAUGAAGGAGAGUAUCAGGGAAUCCCCAACAUGGGGCAGGGAAAAGAUGGCAUGGUGGCCUUAGGUCAGCCUAUGCGUGAUGAGUAUAAAGAUCGUCAUGAACUGGAAACAGAGAGGAAAGCUGAUGAAGAAGAGUUAGCACAGCAAUAUGAACUGAUAAUACAAGAAUGCGGUCACGGUCGUUUCCAGUGGGCCCUCUUCUUUGUCCUGGGAAUGGCCCUAAUGGCUGAUGGGGUUGAAGUUUUUGUAGUUGGAUUUGUGUUGCCCAGUGCUGAAACAGAUAUGUGUAUACCAAACUCUGGAUCAGGAUGGCUAGGUAGCAUAGUAUACCUUGGGAUGAUGGUGGGGGCAUUCUUCUGGGGAGGCUUGGCAGACAAGGUGGGAAGGAGACAGUCGCUCCUGAUAUGCAUGUCUGUCAAUGGAUUCUUUGCCUUCCUUUCAUCGUUUGUCCAGGGCUAUGGCUUCUUCCUCUUCUGUCGCUUGUUUUCUGGAUUUGGGAUUGGUGGAGCUGUCCCAACAGUCUUCUCCUAUUUUUCGGAAGUGCUUGCUCGGGAGAAACGAGGUGAACACCUAAGUUGGCUCUGUAUGUUCUGGAUGAUUGGUGGCAUCUAUGCUUCUGCAAUGGCUUGGGCAAUAAUUCCUUAUUAUGGAUGGAGUUUCAGCAUGGGGUCUGCCUACCAGUUCCACAGCUGGCGAGUAUUUGUGAUUGUCUGCGCACUGCCCUGUGUCUCUUCUGUGGUGGCCCUUACCUUCAUGCCGGAAAGCCCACGGUUCUUGUUGGAGGUUGGAAAACAUGAUGAAGCUUGGAUGAUACUCAAGCAAAUUCAUGACACUAACAUGCGAGCUCGCGGUCAGCCUGAGAAAGUCUUCUCUGUUAACAGAAUCAAAACUCCAAAGCAGAUAGAUGAGCUCAUAGAAAUAGAGAGUGACACAGGAACGUGGUACAGGAGGUGUUUUGUUAGGAUUCGCACAGAGCUAUAUGGUAUAUGGUUGACGUUUAUGAGAUGCUUCAACUACCCAGUGAAGGAUAAUACAAUCAAACUUACAGCUGUAUGGUUCACCCUGUCUUUCGGGUAUUAUGGCUUAUCUGUCUGGUUUCCUGAUGUCAUUAAACAUCUGCAAUCAGACGAAUACGCAUCCCGAGUAAAACAUUUCCACAAUGAGGAGGUUUCCCAUUUUGUCUUCAACUUCACGCUGGAAAAUCAGAUUCACAGCAAUGGAGAGUACAUCAAUGACAGAUUUAUCAUGAUGAAGUUUAAAUCCGUGACCUUUGAAGACUCACUUUUUAAGAACUGUGUGUUUGAAGACGUUACUUCAGUAAACACAUACUUCAGGAACUGUACCUUCGUGAAUACCACCUUCUACAACACAGAUUUUGAGCAAUAUAAGUUUGUUGACAGUGAGCUGAUAAAUUGCACGUUUUACCACAUCAGGACGGGAUGCCAGAUUUCUUUUGACGAUGACUACAGUGCCUACUGGAUUUACUUUGUCAAUUUCCUGGGAACUUUAGCAGUGCUACCAGGGAAUAUUGUGUCUGCUCUCCUGAUGGAUAGGAUUGGGAGGUUAACGAUGCUAGGUGGCUCCAUGGUUCUGUCUGGCAUCAGCUGUUUUUUCCUGUGGUUUGGGACCAGUGAAUCCAUGAUGAUAGGUAUGCUGUGCCUCUACAAUGGUCUCACCAUCUCAGCAUGGAACUCUCUCGAUGUCAUUACUGUGGAGCUGUAUCCUACAGAUAGAAGGGUGACAGGCUUUGGCUUCUUGAAUGCACUAUGCAAAGCUGCAGCUGUACUUGGAAACCUGAUAUUCGGUUCCCUUGUUGGUAUCACCAAAGCAAUCCCUAUUCUCCUUGCUUCCACUGUUCUAGUAUGUGGAGGUCUGGUAGGACUUCGACUUCCUGACACAAGAACCCAGGUGUUGAUGUAACUGGAUAAAGCCAUUUGCUAUUUGUUCUUUUCUUCAUACAAAUGUCAAUUCUCUGGACCGAUGGUGCAAAGGCUUCAGAUUCUCAAUGCUUAAUAGAGUACUCAGAUGCCAGAAAUCAAACUCAAAAGAUACUUUGAAGUGGCAAAAAAUAUAA